AUGGAAAAUAAUAUAAAUGAUAAAUUAUUUUUUAAGAUUUUUAGAAAUAUAUUUUUAAAACAAAAUAUUUUUAAAUUUCUAAGAAAUCGAGAUAUAUUUUUAGGAUUUUACAAAUAUGAAGAUAUUAUAUCAUGUGAAUGGUGUGUGCAAUUUGAAUAUUAUGAAUUAUUAAAAGAUAAAAUUCAAAGAGGAGAAUAUUUGGAUUUUUCAAACUCAAGUGAUACAAUUUUUAGAAAUAAAUUAAGAAGACAAUAUGAUAAUGGUCGAAUGAUUGUAGUGAAUAAAUUUUCAAUUUUUAAUAAACAAAUUUCAACUAAAGCUCAAUGGAAUUCUUCAAACUUUUAUUAUCACCUAUUUAAAAACUAUUCAAAAUAUUUCAUAGAUAAUGGUAAUAUAAUUCAAUGUGAAUAUAUUUCAAUUGAAUAUGAUAAUGUCCAAUGUUUGGAGGCAUUAGUUACAUGUCAUAAUCAUUGUUUUUCAUUGGAUUCACUUUAUAGAUCCAUUGAAAUUGGGUCAUAUGAUUGUGCUUUAUUUAUUUUCCAAGUUUUAAAGAGAUCGGGAGCACUUGAAAAGCCAGCAUCGUUAUAUAAAAUUUGGAGUAUGGUUUUAUUUUCAUCAAAUAAUAAUAACACCAAUAUUUUAAAUAAAAAUGGUUUUUUGUUAAAUGAAAGAUUAAAUUUUCUUUUAAAUCAAUGUAAUUUAAAUGUACCAUUAAGUGAAGCAAUUUAUAAACAAAAAUUUCAAUUUCAAUGUAAACCAUAUCAUUUAUUUGAUAUAUUAGUUUAUGAUCAAACUUUAUCAGUAUUAAUUGAAUCUGUAAAAUCAAUUAUUCAUUUAAAAGAAUUUUUAAAACCAUAUACAGAUUCAAUCUCUAAAAAAUCUUUUAAAUAUAAUAAAUUUCAUUCAACUGAUAAAAUUAAAAGUGAUAAUAAAUUAAAAAUAAUUAAAUAUGAAAAAGAUAUAAAUGAACUAUUUAAUGAUAAAAUUAAUUUAUUUAAUUCACUUGAUGAAAUUAAUAUAUUAACAAAAUCAUUUACAAAAGAACAAUUAAAUACAUUGGUACUUGAAUUCAAUUCAUCAAAUGAUAAUAAUAUUAAUUCUUUGGUUAAAAGAUUUUAUCAAUUUAUUUUACCAUUUGUAGAAUUUAAAUCAUCAUAUUUUAAUGAUAGUUUUUUAUUUUAUAAAAUUAAAUAUGAAUCUUAUUAUGGUGAAGAAUUAGAUUUAAGUUCAAAAUUUCAUCCAUGUUUAUUUGGUGUUUAUGAUUUUAAUAAAAUCAAAAAUGAAGGUUUAAAAAUGUUUGGUAAACUUCCAAUUUUUUAUUAUUGUAAAAAUGAAAGAUCAAAACAAAUUCAAUUUAUUAAAGAUUUAAUAAGUGAUGUUAAAAAAUUACAAAAAUCAACAAGUUUAAUAGAAAAUUCAAUUAAUCAAAUUUUAUUAAAUUUAAUAUUUGUAAAUGAUUUAGAAUUGGUUAAACUUUUGCUAAUAGAUUCAAAUAUUGAAUUUAAAUUUACAAAUGAACCACUUUCCAUUGGUAGAAUUUAUAGAUCUAUAAAUUCAACUGAAAUGAUUGAUUUAAUUAUUAAGAAUAAAACAAUCUAUUCAAUAAUUUGUACAAGAGGUAAUAAUGUAAAUUUUUCAUUGGUUAAUACAUUAAUUCAAGAUGGUAAAUCUGAACUAUUGAAACAUUUGAAAUUAUUACAACCAAAUAUCUACUAUGUUAGUAUUAAAGAUUUGGUUCAUAAAGGAAAUUAUUCAGAAAUUUCAAUGGAUGUUAUUAAAUUCAUCUAUGAUAAUAUCGAUGAUUUCGAUUAUGAUUCAAUGAAUAUUUGGCAUUUUACUCCAAGUACUCAUGGUUAUCAAUUCACUAAUUUAAAUGAUUUUAAAUAUAUACUUGAGCGUACUCCUUCAAAUGUAAACUAUCUAUAUAAUAAUUAUAAUCAAUGGGAUUCUGUUGGAAUUUUCUCAUACAUUUUCAAUCACAGACCUUUUGAUAUUGAAAGUGGAAGAUGUAAUAUAAUGAAUCCAAAGUAUAAUAUUCUUUUCAAUUAUCUUAGAUUAAAACAAACCAAUGGAAUUGAUCAUAUUUCAUUACCCCAAUUUUUAGGCUCAUCAAAAGAUUUCAAUGAUUUUUAUUUAAUCACAAGUUUAGAAAUUGGUUUAUAUGGUAAUUUGUGGUUUGCUGAUUUAAUUAUAAAAUCAUUUGAUGAAGGUAAAAUGAGUCGACAUUUACCUUUUUACCUUUUAAAAUUUAUUAGUAUUUAUGGUCAACUAAAUGUUUUUAAACAUUUACAAUCAAAUUACCAAACAAUGAUUUAUAAUUUAUUUAGAGAAAGAAAUGAUUCUCGUGAUGUUACUUCUAAUACCAUUUUUUUCACCUCUGUGCAAAUGGGUCAUAUUGAUUUGGUUUUAGAAUUUUUCAAAAAUCCAUUCUUUAAAACAUUACCAAAAAUUACAAAUUAUCAAUCUUUCCUUUUAAACAGUUCAUCUGUCACUUUAAAUAAUGUUUUUUUAUUAAAUUAUUUUAAACUUUAUAAACCAAAUAGUUAA